AUGUACGAGGACUUGAGAUGCGAGUGGAUUUGUGGUUGUUUCAAAAGACCUCUGCUCAUUGCCAUUUCAGAAAAGCCGCGCCUUAUCACUCUAGCGAUGUCCGGUAAGGUGUUGCUGAUGGUGGACGGCUACACGUUCCACAAGGGUAGAGGCGAUUGGACAUCUGGCGGUAUACGGUGGCGCUGCUCCUCAGUAAAGAAGAAAUGUACCGCUUACAUUGUCCUAUCCGAGGACGACAAGGACGUCCUUAAAAUGCGUCUCAAUCAUAAUAACCACGAGCGACCCAACUACAAGGAAACGAAAGAUGGCACUUACGUCAAACUA